CUCCGCGCGCGGGCGCGCUCAGGUGGAGACGGUUGAGCACCAGGGGCGCUGGGCUGGCGGCCUCAGCUGGGUCGCGACCAAGCAUGUGGGGAGCGCGCGGACGCGUCCCGGUGCCCCCCGCCUUCCCUGCCCGUCUUUCUGAGGGGGUAUUGUUACCCUUCCUAGCGGAGGGAUCGGGAGGAUGGGAGGCGGGUUCUGCGCAGGCGUCCCCGUGUCCUGACGCCAGGCUGUCUGUCUGCGGGAUUGGGCGGAGGCUCUUGCCCCCUCGGAUCUGCGGGCGGAGAGGAUCAUGGAUUUUCCUGGACACUUUGAACAGAUCUUCCAGCAACUGAACUACCAAAGACUUCAUGGCCAGCUCUGUGAUUGUGUCAUCGUCGUGGGGAAUAGGCAUUUUAAAGCCCAUCGCUCUGUACUGGCAGCCUGCAGCACGCAUUUCCGAGCCCUGUUCUCAGUGGCAGAGGGAGAUCAGACCAUGAACAUGAUCCAGCUGGAUAGCGAGGUAGUGACAGCAGAGGCCUUCGCCGCACUGAUUGACAUGAUGUAUACCUCCACCCUCAUGUUGGGGGAGAGCAAUGUUAUGGAUGUCUUAUUGGCAGCCUCUCACCUGCAUUUGAACUCUGUUGUUAAGGCAUGUAAACAUUACUUAACGACAAGGACACUGCCCAUGUCUCCCCCCAGUGAGCGUGUUCAGGAACAGAGCGCCCGCAUGCAGCGCUUCUUUAUGCUGCAGCAGCUGGGACUAAGCAUAGUGAGCUCAGCCCUCAAUUCCAACCAGAGUGGCGAGGAGCAGCCAGCCCCCAUGAGCUCCUCCAUGCGCAGUAACCUGGACCAGCGCACGCCCUUCCCCAUGAGACGCCUUCAUAAGCGUAAGCAGUCUGCAGAAGAAAGGGCCCGGCAGCGCCUCCGACCUGCCAUGGAUGAGGCUGCCAUUUCCAAUGUUACGCCAGAGAGUGGGCCUCCGGGGGUUCAUUCUCGAGAAGAAUUCUUCUUGCCAGAUUCUCUGAAAAUUGUGGAUAACCCUAAGGCCGAUGGAAUGACCGACAACCAGGAAGACGGUGCCAUCCUGUUCGACCAGUCUUUCGGUGCUCAAGAAGAUGCCCAGGUGCCCAGCCAGUCUGACAACAGUGCUGGCAACAUGGCACCUUUGUCCAUGGCCUCUCGUGCAACUCAGGUCGAGACUAGUUUUGAGCAGGAAGCUGCAACUGAGAAAAGUGGUUUUCAGUGUGAAAAUCCUGAGGUUGGCCUUGGUGAGAAGGAGCACAUGAGAGUGGUGGUGAAAUCUGAGCCCUUGAGCUCUCCUGAGCCUCAGGAUGAAGUGAGCGACGUGACCUCACAAGCAGAAGGCAGCGAAUCUGUGGAAGUGGAAGGAGUUGUGGUCAGUGCUGAGAAGAUAGACCUCAGCCCUGAAAGCAGUGAUCGGAGUUUUUCAGAUCCCCAGUCUAGCACUGACAGGGUAGGAGACAUCCAUAUUUUGGAAGUCACAAAUAACUUGGAUCAUAAGUCCACUUUUAGUAUUUCAAAUUUUCUUAACAAGAGCAGAGGAAGUAACUUUAGUGCCAAUCAGAACAACGAUGAUAAUAUUCCAAACACCACUAGUGACUGCAGGCUGGAGUGUGAGGGUCCUUAUUUGUUGAGUCCAGAGACUGGGCCUGUGGGCGGGCCCUCCUCGGCCACUGGCUCUCAUGUGGAAAACCCAUUCAGUGAGCCUGCAGACUCCCACUUUGCGAGGCCUAUGCAGGAAGCCAUGGGCCUGCCCUGUGUGCAGAGUUCAGGCUAUCAAGGAGAACAGUUUGGAAUGGAUUUUUCCAGGUCUGGUUUGGGCCUCCACUCCUUCUCCAGGGUAAUGAUGGGCUCCUCAAGAGGAAAGGCCAGUAACUUUCCAUACUACCGCCGUAUCGCUCCCAAAAUGCCAAUUGUAACUUCUGUCAGGAGCUCACAGAUCCCAGAAAACUCUGCCAGCUCCCAGCUUAUGAUGAAUGGGGCCACGUCCUCAUUUGAAAAUGGGCAUCCUUCCCAGCCCGGCCCUCCACAGCUGACCAGGGCCUCUGCUGAUGUCCUGUCCAAAUGCAAGAAGGCCUUAUCAGAGCACAACGUCUUGGUUGUAGAGGGCGCUCGCAAGUAUGCCUGCAAAAUCUGCUGCAAGACUUUUCUCACCUUGACAGAUUGUAAGAAGCACAUCCGUGUUCACACAGGUGAAAAACCCUAUGCCUGCCUGAAGUGCGGCAAGAGGUUCAGUCAGUCCAGCCACUUGUAUAAACAUUCCAAGACUACCUGCCUGCGCUGGCAGAGCAGCAGUCUUCCCAGCACUUUGCUCUAACCCUGACCUCUUGAGAUAAUGCCGAUGUCAGUUGUAGGAAACGAAAAUCUCUUGGUUGAGAGCUAAUACCCUUGGGUUUGAGGCUUCAGGCUGCCCAAUGGCUCUUGCCAAUUUCAGUGGCUCAGAGAGAACUUACAUGUGUAGCACUAGUGCUGCUGCAUUUCCGAGUGAAAUGCACGCUCUCAGAGAAGGAUGCAGCCCUCGAGCCAAGUUCUUUCUUAGGGUUGAGGACUGUAGUCAGAAAGUAGUUUCUAAUUGAUGAUGUUAAAAAUGGCACAUGUAAAAAUUAAAAAUCAAAGUGCAAAAAAAUUUUUUAGCAAUUUUUGUAAAACUCCGUGAAGCAUUUAAUUAAAAUUCCUAUACCCUCUGAAAGGAAUAUUAUACACCUGAACAGUGAUGCAAAACUCAACUGUGUGUAACCAGUGGCGACUUUGUGCCCGUCUAAAAGGCCCUUGAGGACGACACACCUGUCGGCCACAAAUGCUGUAGAGCCUAUCGUGAGCUGGUCCUAGGCCUCGGAAAGUACUGUAUUUUUUAUUUUUGUCUGACUUGCAGUCACAGACACUGCACUUUGAUGGUGCUGACACUGGGUCCAGAGUGAGCAUUCUCUGGGCUUUUGGGUGUAUAUACUUUUGAAAACAUCACUGUUGGAUAGAUGUUUUAACCGUUUUUCCUGGUUUUAAAAACAAGGUUGUAAAUGGAGUAUGUACGUGUAGGGCGUGACCAGUAAGGUCCUGUUUCUGUGUGUGCUGUUUUAGCAGUAUUUUAACCAACUUGUGUACAUGUUGCAGUUCCACGUUUGGAAGUCAGAAAAGAGCUAGUGUUUGUCCUUGUUCUGAUGAUGUGGAGUCCUGUUCUGUGGGAUCUUUCACGGCGCAUUUACGCUCUGCUCCACCAGACUUCAGGGCCAGUCCAGCCUGACACAUCUCACCCAAUGGCACGCCACGCCUGUUCUCUGCUUCGCUUUUUCACUCUCGCCCUAUAUGGCUUCGUUCCCAGGGCCUAGAUUGCUGUUUUCAGUUAUAACCAAAAACCAUGGAUUUAUUACUGUUAUAUACUAUAGUUUUUUAAAGUAUAGAAUGUGAACCUUUGUUGUUGCCCCAGCUCAAUACUGCAUGUUUGAAAUCCAAGCAUAGCAGUAUUCACCGAUAUUUUCCAGCCUUAUAAGAGGGUUGGAGAGCCCAGAACAUAGAAGUCACCAAGUAGCAUCUGAGACUGUUAAAAGGAACAUUUGGGUCACUGUCCAGGGCCUCUUUGGGUCCCACUGACUCACUUCCCCAGCCAGGCUUGUGGUCUCCUGACCCUCUUAUCAGGGCUGCUGGUGGCACCUGUAUCAGGCUGAGCCCUGGCUUGUGUGCUUCCAGGGAAACAGCACACAGUCCUGUGUGUCGGUAGAGCUCAUGAAGUCAGUUUCGUUCAUGCAUGGACAUGAGUUCAUUCUUUAUACAGCUUUCUUAGACACCAACCAUUGUGCAUAAUUGAGAGAAGUCCUUCCAUUUUUGUGUUUAGAAAGCUAAGUAUGUGUAGCCUAAAACAAAAAUCAGCGUGUUUUUUCCUCUUAAUCUAGUGUGUGCAGUUACACACCUGUCUGGAUAAACUCAGAAUGCUCAUAGUUGGGCUUGGCAUCUCCUGUGAACAGAUUCCCAGGGAGGCAAGGAGGACUCUAAGAUUUCUCUCCUUUCUAGCAGACGUGGGAAAGAGACCCCUGGAGGACACGGGGUCACCUGUGAAAUUCAGUGUGUGUGUGGCUAAUUGUUAGCAGUUGUGUUCUGACUUGAUGUGAGGAGGCUCUACAUCCACCCUUCUACACAGUGUGGGGCCAGUCUUAUGAGAUUAACCUUGGCAGGCAGCAUGGACAAGAGACCCUGCCUGGGCCUGGGAAGAACCAGUGACACGGGAAGACCAGUGGCAGCCCUCCUUCCCUUCCUUCUUGAGGUGGUGGUGCCAGGAGGCUGCCCCCUCACCUCAUCUGUCUUACAUGGACUUGGCUCUGGGCCUAUCUCCAGUACAGUGGCGGGAGCCCUACCUUUCCUCUGCUAGGUGGAAUCUGGAAUUGCAUCUACCUCUUUGUUAGUUUCUAUGUGAGAAGCAAGCUUGCAGGCCAGUGUCCUCAUACAAGCUGUAGUGCUUAUAGGAUAAUUCAGAGGUUCCCUGGAAAACCAGUCCCAAGGAUCCUAUGAUCAUUUCUACCUGAAUUAACCUGGAUUUUGAUUGGUUAGCCUUAAUUAUAGCCUGGCAUAAUUUCUGGUGAUCAAAUCAUAAAGUUCUUUCAGGGCACCCAUGUCAGUGGUGCUAUGCUAGUCAAAAUUUGAGAUUUCGAAAUAAAAAUUUUGUCACAU